AUGGCGGGGGACCCGGUACCUUCGGUCCACUCGCUGGACAAGCCGGAAAAGCUUCAAACCCUGCUUAAGCAGGACCGGGGCGAUGACUGCCUGAGCUGCAAAAUCGUUGGCGGCGGCGCCUUUCUCGGUCUUGGCGCGUACAGCUAUAUUUCCGGCCAAGCUCAGCUCGAGAAACAGCGGGCACUUAUCCUUGCAAGCAAUUCUAGGUUCGGCAUGCGGAGCAGGAGUAUCGCCAUCACGGCAACUUCUCUUGUCUUUGUCUGGCUCGGCAUCUACAGAAUCGCCAAAUGA